CACACAACCUACUUCUCGUUCGUUUUGCCGUGCCCGUCACAGUAUUGUGUCAUUAUUGUAUUCAGAAGAAGAAGAAGCCCAACAAAACUACCGGCAAGGCUAAGUGGCGGAGAAAAGCUUUGGAAAUCCCCGAAAAUCUCCAACUUUUACUACUACUCCAACUUAAAAAAUGUCUGAAACAAAAACUUCAAAAAUGACAUCAAUAUCGAAUCGAGAUGGUAUUUGUAUAAUAUCCAUCAAGGCGGCUUCCAUGGACGCCGACGAGGCGCCUAAAUCACCCGGCAAAGUGAUUUUUAGACGACAGAGCCGCCCGAUGCGGAAGAGUGUCAAGGGAUUUUUCAAAAUCACUAGACGCAAUUCGCUAAACGCUGAGGGCUACUACCGUGAUCUGGAAAGAAUGCACGAGCGGGGCCUCUUCACCACCGGAAUUAAUUAUAAUGCAGAGAAAAGCGAGGAUUUUUUAAAUAUGAUCGAGCGAAUGCAGAGCAACAGACUUGACGAUCAGCGAUGUGAAAUGCCAGAAAGGACUCACAACCCAACUUCCGGUCACCAAAAUGAGCAAACUCAUCAAAAAACCAACGGAUCCGCCGUACACAAUCAAUUGACCAGGAAUAUUAUGAAUGAGGUCCUAACAAAAGUGGGCCCAUAUCCACAAAUAGUGCUACCAUCAAAUGGAUUUUGGAUGGAUGGAGUCAAUCAACAGCACCAUAUGGAUGAUCAAGUCAAUAAUAUGAAUGUGAACAGUUGUGCCAGAUUCAAGCUGGAAACCGACGAGACUAGUCAUUGUUAUCGCCGACAUUUCUUUGGAAGAGAGCACCACGACUUCUUCGCCAACGACCCAAUCGUAGGCCCACUGGUCCUUAGCGUCCGCACAGAAGUCAUCUCCUCCUGUGACCAUUUCCGUAUCAUUCUCCGUACCCGUAAAGGUACCAUCCAUGAAAUUGUGUCAGCUACCGCACUAGCCGACCGCCCAUCGGCUUCCCGGAUGGCUAAGCUGCUCUGCGAGGAGAUCACCACUGAGCAGUUCUCUCCGGUGGCAUUCCCCGGUGGUUCUGAGCUUAUUGUACAGUAUGAUGAGCAUGUGCUCACGAAUACCUAUAAAUUUGGAGUUAUCUAUCAAAAAGGCGGACAGACGACUGAGGAGCAACUUUUCGGAAAUCCACACGGGAGCCCGGCUUUUGACGAGUUUUUGUCGAUGAUUGGCGAUUCUGUGCAGUUGAAUGGCUUUCAGAAAUACCGCGGAGGCCUUGACACGGCCCACAACCAAACGGGCCAUCAGUCCGUAUUCAGUGAAUUCAAAAAUCGUGAGAUCAUGUUCCACGUGUCAACAAUGCUACCGUAUACUAUUGGAGACGCCCAGCAGCUUCAAAGAAAACGGCAUAUUGGAAAUGAUAUUGUGGCAAUCAUCUUUCAGGAGGCUAAUACUCCAUUUGCUCCUGAUAUGAUUGCAUCAAACUUUUUGCACGCCUAUGUUGUGGUCCAACCAAUCGACGCCCUGACCGACCGUGUCAGGUACCGAGUCUCCGUGGCCGCCCGUGAUGACGUCCCAUUUUUCGGCCCAACCCUGCCAACCCCAUCGAUUUUCAAGCGAGGCCAAGAUUUCAGAAAUUUCCUGCUCACCAAGCUAAUCAAUGCCGAGAACGCUGCUUACAAGAGCUCAAAGUUCGCCAAACUUGCCGAGCGUACCAGAAGCUCGUUGCUCGACGGGCUCCACGCAACUCUACGCGAGCGUGCCGAGUUCUAUGCCACACCACUACUAGAAUCCACGUCAUCAGGUGGCGAAAGUGCUGCCACCACGUCAUCGUCAUCCAACUCAUAUGGCGGCGGGAUUUUGUCAUCUGUGAAGAAGGCGUUUAUCGGGAGAAGCCGGUCGGUUUCUCAGGAGGCUAGUCACGUACCACACCGCGCCGCCACGAUUAAUGUGACGUCACGGCCUAAAAAAUCGAUAUCCUCGACGAGUUCGUCGACCAGUGCCCGGACACACUCACCGAUUAGGGAUGAGGAGGUUGUCAAGCCAUAUAGAAAAGAAUGGGAAAUUUCAUCUCAAGAGUCUCCGGAUAACGAGCAUGAUUCGGAUACUGGAAUGGAAUCCAUGUCCUCCACAGAAAUGUCAGGUCAAACUCGGGCUUCAUCGUGCACAUUUUGUGUAGAUGACUUCCACGUGGCAGCAAAUCAUCAGUCCUCAGAUGCAAAGCGUCUCGAGACCCUUUGUGUAGAUGUUACACGACUUCAGAAUGAGAAGCACGACUUGUUACGUCAGAAUGUUAGCUGCAAAACUGAUAUUAAAAAGUUAAAGGAUCGCCAAAGUGUGCUCUCCGAGGAGCUGGAACGCGCCAACGAUGAGAUUUCGCGGCUGCGGAGGAUGCUGAAAAAGCCGUCAAACAGCGAUAUGGCGCCGGUCCACCAGCACUUUGAACGGAGCUAUUCGGAUGUUUCAGUUUGAGCAAUGAAAACCUACAAAUUCCACUAAUAUAUGUUCAGGGUACAAUUAUUUCAAUGACUUGCGGGCCUGUUUAACCUAUUUUCUCCAGUUUUUUUUGUCUGAAAUUUCACAGAAUCUUCUUCCAUCACACAAAUUCCAUACAUAUUCUCUCAAAUUUUCACCUCCAUCCCCCGAUGUUUUAUCUCCAGUUUUCACAUUUCCAGAAUUAAAAAAAAAAAUAAAUAUAUCUGAAAAUAUUUUCUAUGUACUUUUUCAUUUUUCUCCAAAUUUUCUCAUAUACAAAUUUGUCAACAAUUCGAAUAAAAAUUAAAUAUGUG